CAACAAUUUGUUUGUUUGCAGAACUCAUGUUAAGCUUAUUUCUGCACAAUGGAGGGGCGGCAUCCAAAGGGCAGCUGCGGUGCGUUGUGGCACGUCUUCUGUCCACGACAGCGACCACAAAUGCCCCAACAACAACGACAACGCCGGGAUCGGAACACUUUGAUAUCAUCAUUGGAGGCGGCGGUCUAGUGGGCACCACCUUGGCGGCAGCUCUGGCCAAGAAUGACACACUGGCGGAUAAGAGGGUGUUGCUGCUGGAGGGAGCUGGUGAAUUUAAGGGAUUCGAUGCCAGUGGUCCGUACCAGAACCGCGUGUCGGCCAUCAACAGGAACUCCAUAGAACUGUUCAAGUCGAUUGGCGCCUGGUCGCAUAUUGAGGCGGCCCGCUACAAGCCCGUGAAGCAGAUGCAGGUCUGGGAGUCCAACAGCGAUGCACUUAUCCAGUUCCAGCACGACAAUUUUGCAAGCGAUGUGGCCUGCAUCAUCGAGAAUGAUCUGAUCCUCGAUGCGGUAUAUGCUCGCGUCCGAGAGGCAGCCAAUGUCCAGAUCCUAAAUAAAGCCAGGAUCGAGUGUGUGCGUUUGCCGAAGGAUACCAGUGGAAGCCACUCCGAGCUUCAGCUACAGGAUGGACGCUCCUUCUCGUGCGAACUGCUCAUUGGGGCCGACGGAGCCAACUCCAUUGUGCGCAAGGAAAUGGGAGUGGAUGUGUUCUCGAUGAACUACGAUCGCAUGGGCCUGGUGGCCACUCUGGAGCUGGGCGACGAUGUCUGCGAUAACUCUGUGGCCUGGCAGCGUUUCCUGCCCAAUGGACCUGUGGCUCUGCUUCCGCUGAACGAAAAACUCAGUUCCCUGGUGUGGAGCACAACAGUGUCGCAGGCCAAGCAUCUUAAGGACCUACCGCCGGCAGAGUUUGUGGAUGCCUUGAACGAAGCCUUCUGCCGUCAGUAUGCCCGCGUGGAGCUGGCUGACAAGGCUGUGCAGGCGCUCAACUCAUUUUUCGGCCAGCAGGCCACGCAGAACCAGCUGCAAUAUCCGCCCCGAGUGUGCGCCGUUAAGGAUGGGUCGCGAGCUACCUUUCCGCUGGGCUUUUUGCAUGCCUCCUCGUAUGUGUGCAGUGGUGCCGCUCUAGUGGGCGAUGCCGCGCAUCGGGUCCAUCCCCUGGCCGGCCAAGGCGUCAAUCUGGGCUUCAGUGAUGUGCGCUAUCUCGUGGAGUCUCUGGCCGCCGGCGCCUAUGCUGGUUUUAAGCUGGGCGAUAAGCAGCAUCUCAUCAAGUACGAGCGCAAAUGCCUGGCCAAGAAUGUGCCCAUAAUGCUGGGCGUCCAUGGAUUGCACGCGCUCUAUUCCACCGAGUUCAGUCCCGUGGUCCUGCUGCGAAGUCUGGGAGUCCAACUCACACAGAAUUUACCACCCAUCAAGAACCUGUUCAUGAAGGGGGCCAUGGGUUAAAUAAAUGAAGACGCCAAGCGCCAAGGGGAAUUUAAAUUUUAAGCGUUUACAGUUUUUAUAGUACGAAAUAAAAUCGAGUUAAUGGAGUCCAUGGUCAGUUUAGAAAACACUCCUUAAGAGCUA